GCAUGAGCAUAAUUGUACGAUUCUGUACUCUGGUCGAGGAAGAUGUCAGUCCGAACUAUUAUUUGGUUGGUCAUCUGCAUUUCUUUGAUAACACGUGGUUCAGCAAUUCCAGCAAAAGUUGAACUCAGGAGUAAUCACGAUGCCGGGUAUAAGGCAGCCAUUCACGUAGAAGGAGAAGAGAGUAUUCAUCUAAAUCUUAUCAAAUCAGAUUCUCCCGCGUUCCACCCAAAUAUGAGAGUAUUUACCACUGGAGACAAUGGUCAUGAGGAUGUCACUCCACCGAAGGAACGGUUCGAUGAGAUAAUGAAUUCUAUUUAUCAAGAUGCCGAAAAAAAUGCCAUCGUCCGAGUGGUAAAUGGAAGUCAGGGAUUAAUAAUACAGCAUGGAAUUAUUGACGAGAAGAAGAUAAAUCAUGUCGAGCACGAGGAUCAUGACAUAUCUAAUAUUUACGACGGGCUUAGAACCGGUGGUGUAACCGAUUACGAACCUGCUAUCUACGAUCCGUUAGACUACCUCCCACGGAACGAGACGAUUGGUCCCAGAAGCUCAAUAAUGGCCGUGGGAACGGUAGAGGUUUUGCUCAUAAUUGAUUACGCAAUUCAAAACUGGUUUGGUGGAAAUGUCGACAGGAUAGUGGAAUAUUACGCACUUUUCAUUAAAAGUGUGAACAGUAUCUACGCACUCAGUGAAGAUCCCAGUAUUAAUUUCCAAGUGAUCGGGAUUCAUGUUAUCACGACACGAGCACAGCAGCCGUACAUCGAAAAUAAUCAAUCCCCUGUACCUGGAAUAUUUCUUAGUGACCCUGCUAAGAAAGAUUUUGCAAGAUUCAUGUCAACUAAUGCCGCUCAGUAUCCGAUAAACGAUGUCGUCGUAUUGCUGAGUGGAGAGAUAUUUGAUUUAAGGGCGGAUGGAGAAAUACUUGGAACGACGUUUAUUCGCGGGGCGUGCAAACCUGAGGAAAAAGUGGCAAUUUCAACUGAUCCUACCGCCAGAUUUACUGGAGUUCGAACAUUUGCGCAUGAAAUGGGCCACAUUCUUGGGGCUGAACACGAUGGUUACGGGACGUCUGCUGGUUGUCCGCGUGGUGGCGAUUUUCUCAUGGCGGCGAGUGGAGGGAGUGGUGAUAAUCGGUACAGAUUUAGUACAUGCAGCAAAGCAGCCAUAAAUACUUAUAUUAGGUCCGUUAGUGCGACAUGUUUGUCCAUCAAAAAUAAUCCUCGGGCUCCAUGGGCAAUUCCACUCAAUCAACCGGGAGAUUUGGUCGACUUGAACGCUUUCUGUAGAAAUUCCUUAGGCAAUCCGAACGCAAGAGCGGAUCCGGAUCCUAAUAUUGCACCUGAUGACAUGUGCUACUCUGUAAGAUGUGAAUAUCCCCCGCCUUGUCAACCACCCAGUCAAGCAGCAGUUUGUAAGGCUAGGUCAAAUUUCCCAGCACCAGAUGGAGCUGUGUGUAGUGCAAAUGGGAAAUGUCAAUUUGGGAGAUGUGUACGGGCUGCACCACCACCCCCACCACCUCCUCCUCCACCACCACCACCCGCACCAUUCCGUUGUACGGUUGAAGGAACUUUUGUGAAUAACUCUGAUUGCCGGAAGUACUUCAGAUGUGUAAGAAUUUCCGGAAACCUGUACACGUACGACAUGACUUGUCCGAGUGGGUCAUAUUUUGAUGCUGCACGAAAACUGUGUAUUACUGGGGCAUGUUAAAUAUAAAAUUAUAAAAUUAUUUUAUUGAAAUUAUUAUCCAAUAAAAGCCUGGUUAUUUUCUAGUUAAUUUAAA